AUGUACUGGGAAGGUGAGCAGCAAGGAGCAUUCGUAUUCUCAGAAACUGAUCCGCAACAGCACGGGACAAACAGAGUCUGCAUCGAAAUCGCUUGCCCGAUCGCUGUCCUGGCCAGCGUUCAACUAACUAACUGCGAUAGAGCUUCACUGUUCCGUCAAAGUAACAGCGAAUUCCCCACAAUCAACCAACCGCACCUAUCACCAAUGAAGCAGUGGAGGAUCUACUUUUACAGCUAUUCCGUAGCAGUGCUCAGGGAAAACAAAAUAAUGGAACUGGAAAAGACGGAGGCGGAAUCAGUCGUUCGCUAA